AUGGCUACAAGGAUGCCAGAACUGUGCCCAGAGAACACCUCAGCUGGAGUCUCAGGGAUGAGCACCUGCCCUGGGGACCUAAGGGAAAAGCUGGGAGCCUCGGGAAGCAUGUGGCCAUCAGAGCCCAUCAUCCUGGGUCCAGAGGGAUCUGCCCGGCAGCUGGUCCUGAGGAAGAUUCAGGAGCUCUCUGCCGAGGGCCACCAAGACCCCUUCAUGGUACUUGACCUGGAUGUGCUGGUCGGCCGCCAUCAGGCCUUCCUCCAGGCCCUGCCCCAAGUCCAGCCCUUCUAUGCAGUGAAGUGCAACAGCAGGCCCUGGGUGCUCCGAGUCCUGGCUGCUCUGGGCGCGGGCUUUGACUGUGCCAGUCAGGGGGAGCUGGAGCAGGUGCUGGGCUUGGGCGUGGCCCCCUCACGAAUCAUCUUCGCCAACCCCUGCAAGGCCGUCUCCCACAUCCAGUACGCAGCCCGCUUCGGGGUGCAGCUUAUGACCUUCGACAGUGAGGAGGAACUGGCUAAGGUGGCCCAGCACCACCCUGGGGCUAGAUUGGUCCUCAGGAUACAGAUCCAGAACAGUCAAAGCACCUUCCCGCUGAACGACAAGUUUGGAGCUCGUUUGGAGGCUUGUGGACACUUGCUCCAGGCUGCCCGAGAGCUGGGGUUGGCCGUGGUGGGGGCCUCCUUCCACGUGGGUUCCGACUGCCAGACACCGCAGAGCUACAGGCAGGCCAUUGCUGACUGCCAUGGUGUGUUUGAGAUGGGCCGAAGGGCUGGCCACCACAUGAGUCUCUUGGAUCUUGGAGGGGGCUUCCCUGGAACUGAGGGCUCCAAAGCUAAAUUUGAGGAGAUGGCUAGAGUGAUCAAUGCAGCCAGGGCCCAGUACUUCCCGGAGGGGACUGGUGUAGAGGUCAUCGCAGAGCCUGGCCGUUUCUAUAUGGAGUCUGUAUGCACAACUGCUGUGAACAUCAUAGCCAAGAAGGCUGCACUGGAGUCAGGAGGCCACAAGAAGCUGGCAUACUACCUCAAUGAGGGCUAUUAUGGUGCCUUUCGAAUCUUCCUCAGGGAGCCUGUUCCCAGGAUACCCAUUGUGGCUAAGGAGUUCCCCUCGGAGCCCCGUCUCCUCCCCUGCACCCUCUAUGGCCCCACAUGUGAUGCCUUCGACAGGCUCUUCUCGAAGGAGGUACAGCUGCCCGAGCUGGAUGUGGGUGACUGGCUGAUUUUCCCUGACACGGGUGCCUACACGAGUUCCAUGACUUCCACCUUCAAUGGCUUCCCGAGCAUAACCAUCUAUGAUGCCAUGGGCCCCCAGCUCAGGUGA